AUGAGAUUACUGACCACACGCCGUAAGAGAUUCCGCCCGUUGAGCCCGAAAAGGCAUUGUGAGAUAAGCUACCGAACUAUUUUUGGUCAACGCAAAAGAAUAAGACAGGUACCCCUUAGCGUUAACUGGAGAUCGAAGGACAUCCUUGAGCGGGAUGUUUGUGCUUUGGUUGCUUUGAGAAUCUUCACAGGCGACGAAGGACGCGUUGUGAGACGCAGGUCCCGUGGUGUAGGG